AAAUCCACCUUACGGAAUCUCUACAAUGACUAUUGAUAAAAUGCUCAACGUUCUAUAUAUUUAUAUAACAUCACAUUAAUCAAUAAAUUUUAGUACUAUACCAUACAAACUAAGUGUCUUAUUAUUUCUUUGUAAACAUCAAAUAUGGAAGCAAGAUGUCUUUUACAAAACAUAAGCCCUAUUCCAUUUCAGCCUCUGCCGAUAAGGCGUACUAAUAAACUGAAUCGCUCGCCUGUUUUUGCAGUGCUCACUAGACCAGUACACGAGAAUAUACGAGUAAAAGAGUUGAAAAGUCGAGAUGAGCUAGCGGACAUGACGAGAAACACCGUUUAUAACGAUAGUUGGCUCGAUCAGCUAGCUAUAAACCAUCUUUCGCAAAGUGUUCAAGCCGCAACAGGGUUGAGGAAUAAAAAGAGUGGUUACGAAAGCUUGGUGCAAGCAGCUAUGGAUGCAUCACAGAAAUUCAAGCUGACACAUCAGCGUGAACUCGUGCUUGAAGCUCUCGAUAAGGCUAUCCCUAGACCAAUUCUUGACCUGAUAAAGAUGGUGCUGCCCCAAUCUAAAUUUACAAGAGAAUAUUUUGCUGCUUUCACUACCUUGUUUUUCGUCUGGCUGAUCGGACCAUGCGAGGUGCGGGAAUCAGAAUUCAAUGGGAGAAAAGAGAAGAAUGUAGUCUAUAUAAAAAAAUGCAGGUUUUUGGACGAAACCAAUUGUGUUGGGAUGUGUACUAAUCUUUGUAAGGCUUCAAGUCAGACCUUCAUUAAGGAAUCACUUGGAAUGCCAGUCAACAUGGUUCCCAAUUUUGAUGAUAUGAGCUGUGAGAUGAUAUUCGGACAAGAACCACCUUUGUUAAAAGAAGAUCCAGCAUUCAAGACACCAUGCUAUAAACUAUGUAAAGUAAAUCAAAAACAUGCAACGAAAUGAUCUAGCUAACGAGGGACAUGAAGAAGGGCAGUCCAUAUGAGAAUUAUAUACUUUGACAGUUCAUUGUCAUACAUCAAACUUUACGCUUUAUACAAUAAACUAUUCAUGGACAUCUUAACUGGAAAAUGUAAAGAGUUGCCAUUGGUAUAGCUUUCUAAUUCCAUAUGUUCAGGAACAGUCAAAUUGAUACUUCUAAAGUUUUUCAUAGGUAGGGAUAUAUUAUGACAUUACUAUAAUUUAUGCAUCUGGUGUAAAACAAUAGUAAAGAUGACAAAUAAUUGUUCAUAAUUGCACU